ACUCAACACAACCGUGGUGUUGAUUCAGACGCACCAAAUUUAAAGAGCUGCGUUUUUCGGCCCUCUCUGUUUGACUGAGACUUGUCACAGUUACUUUCGGUUCGCGCGAGCGUCUUGUACUUCCUCGGAGGGGAAGAAGAAGAAGAAAGAAAAAGUAGAGAGAAGUCAGUGGCUGUAAUUAGAUUCCCUAAUCAGCAGAAUUGGCAGCAGGUGUGAAUUCAUGUCUGUAUAUUCCCCGCAGAUAUACUGCCCAGUGUUUGUGCCCAGCCGAGAUAUGACUGAGGUGAUGAUCAGCAGCACCCCCAUGGAGGACAUGAGGCUCAGCCCCAGCAAGGACAGACUCUCCUUCCAGAUAUUCCCCGACCCCUCAGACUUUGACCGUUGCUGUAAGCUCAAAGAUCGUCUGCCAUCCAUCGUGGUGGAGCCGACAGAGGGAGAAGUCGAGAGCGGAGAGCUUCGCUGGCCUCCUGAGGAGUUCCUGGUCAGUGAAGAGGAGGAAGAAGAAGAGGACGAUGACGAAGAAGUGGAGGAGCACAAUAACGGCAGCAUCCAAAACGGACAGCCAACACAGAAUUCUCAGCACUAGAGGCUGCACUGCAGCACCCAUGCUCUCUUGAUCCAUCUCUUUCUGAUUGACUCUCCCUUUCACACACUGGUUGCACUUCACCUCAGCAGACUCAGCUGGCCGGACGCACGCUCAGCAUCUCGUGAUGCCAUCUCGUUGCCCAUGACACCAAAGCAUCACUCUCCCACAAGAGAAGCAAUACACACUUUCUCACCCAAUUAUAAUUUAUCCUCCUGGACUGCAGAUCCACCCAAAAACAGACUUGAAAAGAACGGACACGCACACCUCUAACCCGCACCCACUUCCUACCCAUGCCUACCACCGUGUGUGUCUCGGCUCAGAACAGACAUCCCCAUCAGACAGCGGCAGCUCAAUGCUCCAUGGACAGCUCUCACACUGCAGGGGGGAGACUACCGCUCUGUACUUUACUCCAAAAUGGCUGGCGUCAUGACCCCAGAGACUUCAUACUCGCAUACAGAACUAUUGUGGUACCCGUGGGGAAAAUAAUGUCUACAGCAGACUGUCCACACCUGUGUUUCAGUUUCUGGAUUGGUAUGUUAAUUAUUGUGAUUGCCACUGCUGUCCAUAGAUUUGUCCGUUUCUGAGAAGUGAAUGUUUUGUGCUUUCUGUUUUUUGAGAAGUAAGUAUUUUGUGCAAAAUGUUACUGGGAAUUUUUUUUUCUUUUAUUAUCCCUCACAGGAUUUACCUAAAUAAUUUUGUGUGACCUUAUGUCAGGCAUUUACAAUAAAAAGGUGACAUGGACUCUUUUUAGAGAAGUGAGAAGAAAGUGAAAGUUAAAAAAAAAAAAAAAAAACCCGCAUGCCCUGCUAUGCUUAGUACUUGUGUGAUAAAUGAAUUGUACAAAGACAAGGGCGGUGAGGACACGGUCAUGCUAUGAUCCUCUCAUCACGUUGGCCUCCUGUAAGCCUUGUGACAAACUAUAGUUGGAUGACAAAGCAAAGAUUCUAACCUUGAGAACGAAAUGUGACGCAAGCAGGUUAUUGUUUCAAAGGACGGAGCUGAGUAAGGAUGGGGAAUUUUUUUUUUUUUUUUUUUUUUUUUUUUUUUGAAAAAGCAGUUGAUAAAGCAAUGUACAGCCCGAAUUAAGGAUGUGUAAAUACUUGUUAAUACUUGUUCCCAGCGAGCCCCACCCCUGAGGCCUUUUUUCUUUCUUUCCUUUUUAAGAAAGACAGACACUGAGAAUCACUCUGACCUGCACACACCUGAACUGAAAACUGUCUCUUUCCUGGUCUUCCUGUUCUUUUUGAAAACAGCCAUGCAUUUAUUUGAAGUUCAGGUCACGGGUGGGGGGUUCACACUGUAGGACAGAGUUCACCAACAAGGACAUAGGCAAUGUCUGAAACAGUAUUAAAUUCUUUACUCACAAUAAAAAUAGUCCUGAUGUUUGCCAAAAAGCUGUUAAUGGGAAAUUUAAUUUGCUCUCUUGUAGUAAUGUCUGUCAUUUUAUUUGCCUGUGCUGCAGUUCCAAAAGUUGGUGUUUGUUUUUGUCAGUCAAUUUGUGGAAAAGAUUUCACUUUCUGUGCACACAAUCUGAAAUACUGUUGUACAAGCAUGACUGAUAUACUAAAUGUGUCUGUUCUUUUUUUGUAAUUUUUAAUUUGAGUGGCAUUAGGGCUGUGUACAGAACAUCUCUCUCCUCUUUCUCCUGUCACCCACAGGUCCCACAUUGUUUUUGUAAAGCUCAGGGAGAUUAGCCGCCAUCUUUCUCUUGUUUUUUUGUAUUUAGACCACUUUUCUCUGUGACAAUUACAGAGGCUGUAAAUAAACAUUUGAAUUUGCUAUCCAA